AAGGCGUUUUAGGGAUUUCCUAAAUGGUCUCCAUCACAGGUUUGAAAAUAGGAGGGCUGCUCUGUAUGGUAGUGAGAAGUUGCCAAGUCUAGAGCAAGCGGUUUCUGCAAUAAUAAGCGAGGAGACUCGUCUCAAAUUGGAGGCAGCGGGACCAAUGGUGCAUGGCAUAUCACAAAGGCGCUCAGCCUUGCUCGCUGUAGGAGGUGGUAAUUAUCAAAAACUUGGGACAACUACAUAUGACAGAACAUGUUUCGAAUGUGGUCAACCAGGGCACUUGAAGGCAAAUUGUCCUGAACUAAUUGGAGGAGGGCGAGGUCAGGUCUGGAGAGGCCGUGGUCGUGGACGUCCCCUUCAAGGCUAUAGUGGUGGUGGUCGUGGCCAAGGAACACGGCAAGCUGGAAGGGCAAAUGCUUCAACCACUGUUGAUGAUGUAUCACAAAAUAUAAAAGUUGAGAUGACUGCCGCUGAGCUAGAAGAAUGGCAGCAGUUCAAAGGGAUGAAACAGGGUGCUAAAGGACCUAACCAACCUGCUACUGCCUCUACUGAAAUUUGUGGAGCUUGGGACUGGAAGAAGGCUUGGGACGGGGAGGAUGCAUGAUGGGUUGUACUACCUUGAUAAGGAUAUUUCACCCGUGGUAGCUACUGUUCUGUCACCCUCUCCUCUAAACGAGUUUCUACUCCAACAUCGUCGGCUAGGGCAUAUGUCCUUUGCUACGCUGGGUCAGCUCUAUCCUAAUCUCUAUAGUAGGAUUAAGAAGGAUAGUUUAGUAUGUGACGCCUGUGAGUUUGGGAAGCACACUCGGAGUUCUUAUGUGUCAUCGGAUAACAGAAGUACUCAACCCCUGCAUACUAUUCACUCUGAUGUAUGGGGGCCUAGUGGUGUGAGAUCGAUCAAUGGCUAUCGCUAUUUUGUUACUUUUAUUGACUGUUGCACCAGGGCUACCUGGGUUUAUGUAUUAAGACAUAAAAGUGAUGUGUUUGAAUGCUUCCGAGAUUUCCAUA